CUUAUAAAACCCACAGCGCACCAAGCGCUCAGAAGAGCCGAAGAGACGCUACAGGACAGCGCGCAAACCUCCCUCUAAAGCCUCUGGGAAAUAUGCAUCCUAACCUGGUGAGCUGGCUGGGGACUCUGGGGUUCCUGCUGUGGGCGCUGCUCUGCCUCAGCGCCCUGACGGAGGGAUACCCGGUGAAGCCGGAGAACCCUGGAGAGGAUGCCCCGGCGGAGGAGCUGGCCAAGUACUACUCAGCCCUGAGACACUACAUCAACCUGAUCACAAGACAGAGAUAUGGGAAAAGGUCCAGUCCUGAGAUUCUGGACACACUGAUCUCAGAGCUCCUGCUGAAGGAAAGCACAGACACGCUUCCACAGUCGAGAUUCGACCCGUCCUUGUGGUGAUGAUGUCAUCUGCAUUGGCUCCGCCUCACUGCCUCCCUGUUGACAGUCUGACCUCUACACGUCUGUAACUCCGUACCUUCCUGCACCAAAUGACCACCGUCUUCUCUCCCCUUUUACCUCUAAGAGCCGCCACGUACAGUAUAUUCACCCCUUCCUCCUCCUCCUCCUCCUCCUUAUCCAUCAACUACAAGUCAAGACUGCUUACAGUAUGUGCCAUAUCUAUUGUAAAUAAUUUCAAUUCAAUGACUUUGUCUGUGAAUCAUGAAAGUAAAGUGGGGGAGGGUCAUGUUUAUUGUAUGUAUAACUGUGCUAUUAAAGAUUCACUGUUUGAAUAAAUGCAUUUCCUGGCAUCUC